AUGUACCGUGGUCUUGCCACAACUCAGGAGCAGCCUCGCAUUCGCCUUGGUUCUGUUGCCCCUGACUUCAGCGCAAAGACUACUGCAGGCGACAUCAAGUCCUUCCACGAGUGGAUCGGUGACAGCUGGGCAAUUCUGUUUUCUCAUCCCGCUGACUACACGCCCGUCUGCACUACUGAGCUUGGUGCCUUUGCCAAGUUGAAGAACGAGUUUGAUGCUCGUGGUGUCAAGAUGAUUGGCCUGAGCGCCAACGACCUCGGAUCGCACGAGGGUUGGAUCCAGGACAUCAACGAGAUCGCAAACACCAACCUUCAGUUCCCCAUCAUCGCCGACCACGAUCGCAAAGUCGCCUUCUUGUACGACAUGAUCAACCAGGAGGAUCUGGACGACGCAGCCAAGAAGGCCAUUGCCUUCACAAUUCGCUCCGUCUUUGUCAUCGACCCCCAGAAGAAGGUCCGUCUGACCAUGAUGUACCCUGCCAGCACUGGCAGAAACAGCGCCGAGGUCCUCAGAGUCAUCGACUCGCUUCAGACUGCCGACAAGAAGGGCAUUGCUACACCAAUUAACUGGCAGGUUGGCGAGGAUGUUAUUGUGCCUCCUUCAGUGUCGACCGAGGACGCAAAGAAGAAGUUCAACAAUGUCCGCGAACUCAAGCCCUACCUUCGCUAUGCCGAGAUCAAGUAG